AUGUAUUUCUCAACAAACCAUCUUAAAUCUUAUAUAGAAGGUAAUACUGCAUGUUUAAAAAAUGCUAAUCCACAACAUUUUUAUUGCAAUUUAGCUUGUGAAAAACAUAGAGACAAGAUUUCCGCAGCUACAGAAUCAGUAAUUGAUAAUAUCAUAGCAACAAUUGGAUAUGAAUACUGUAUUGUUGGCUGUAAUAACUCAUCGUAUAGUAGAGAAAGAUGUGAAUAUGAUUGUGAAAGUGUUUCUGCCUUCAUCUCAAAGUGUUACAGAGUUUGUCGUGGCAAACAUACCAGCCUAGAUGCACUUUGUCUUUAUAAAUGUGAAUGGAAUAAAAAAAACGGGCUUAUAUCAGGUAAAUGA